AUGAACCCAUUUUUACUUUUUACUCUACUAAGCACGGUGCUGGCGGCUGGGAAUGCAGGUGAGCCUUUUUUUUUUCAAUUUUUUGUUCAUAAUGCUUUUUUUUUUUCAAAUUAUGCCUCUAUAAGCGAGAUUAAAAUCUCUUAUGCGAAUAUUUCAGUUUGACAAAAUUCAAAUAUCAAGUCGCUUUUUUGAAAAUAUUUGCUAACGCAAAAUCCAAACUAAAAUGCUAAACUAACGCAAAAUGCAAAGCGACUAAACAUUUACGUCAAUUUGUUUCUUCUUUUCCUUUUUGAGAAAACUCGGUUUUUCUCAGUUUAACUUUUCAAAUAUUUCAAAAUUUUUUUGAAAAUUCUGUUAGAUUUUCGUGGAAACCAUCCCUUCACAAGAAAAAGCCUAGAUACGCUGAUUUUUUUUUUCUUCAUAUUUUUUCAACUUCUAAACCCCUAAAGCGACUAUUUUUUUUAACCAACAGAGAGAAAUUUGAAGAGGUAUUAUUAGAUUUACAAGACCUACAUAAUAAGAUAAGAACUACAUGAAGAUUUGAAGACAUCUAACUUUUCCUCUUUUCCAAAAACAUAAAGUGUCUACCAAAUUAUCCAUGGAGCGCACAAGAAUAAUUUAGCCAAAUUAUUUUUGCAGCCAGCACAACGUUCAUCGUCACCGGCAACUCGAUUCACAAUGUUUUCAAGCAAAAAUUGGCCCGUCAACUUGUCGAAGGCUUUGAUGAAUAUGAGAAAGGUUUUUUUAGUAUGAAUUUUUCUCAGAAAUUUAUAAUUUUGUUCUUUUCUUUGUCCGUGUGGGGGUGCUGCAGUAACUUGAUCAUACACACAUGUGCUCUCGCCCAUGUUAAACCGUUGAGAAACGGCAAAAACCAAAAAAAAAAAAGACGGAAGAAAAGUGUAAAAAUGCAUUAAAACGCCAUGAAAAUGGGGUCCAAGGUUUUGAUAGGGAAGUGAGAUUUUUCAAAAAAUGGGCUGCGAAAAAUCGCUUAAAACUGAAUAACUUCGAAAAAAAUUUUCAUUCUUAAGCUCUGGAUUUGGCUUGCAAGUAAGGAUGAUAAGAUGAAAUUCAUAAAUUGCUUUUUCCAAGCCAUCUAUUUGAGAUCAAUUUUCAUCUCCAUCUCAUUUUUUGCAUUUUGUGAAAAAAUAAACUCAAAAUUUCGCGAAUACCACUUCUUCUUGAACUUUCCAAUUUUUUCUUUUUUUUUCCUAUGCCAAAGCAUUUUUUGCUCAUUGAAAACUAAUCUAAUAAAUCUUUGAUUUUUUUUCACUUCCGAUUUUUCUAUGACCACAAGAUAACUCUCCAACCGUAUUCUGUGCACCUUUCAAGCCCAAUUAUUCAGUUCCGCCAGAAAAGAAAAUCAAUCAGCCAGGAAAACUCUCAAUUUGCUCACUGUUUGACCACCGCCGCGAGUCGGCAAAGGUGUAAUAUCCAUCGAGUCAUUCGAUUGACAACACACGCAAACACACACCCUCGGGAAGCCCCGCGCAAAACAAAUCUUCCUUCCGACGUUCGGAUAUUUCAUGGGAAAUAUAUGAGAAACUAAAAUAUAGUUUAUUCACGUCGAUUCGUGAAAAGUCUUGCUCGCAUGGAGGAUGGCUAGAAAGCGGGAACCAUAAUCCCAAACCGUGGUGCCGUUUUAUCACCACAUACGCCUAGGGUAAUCAUGCGAACAAGAUGUUUAAAAACUGCCUGAAUCUUCGAGGAAACUUGAAUAGUUCUUCCUUCCAGAAUUCCACGCCGAAAUAGUCGUUCUGAACGCCGGCGCCCACCAUGGCGUCCAAGACGACGUCUACGGAACGAUUCAGACGUUCCUCAAUGUCCCGCUUCGGUCCAACGUCAGCACUUUGGUCCUGACGAUGCUUGGAACCGAAGAAAUGAGCCUGGACCAGCUUCAGCACCUCGAAACGUUCACAAGAACUGAGCGCGGGCUUUUGGUGGUCGAAAUUGGUGGGUUUGACAAGAGUUUCAGCUUUCAGUCGAAGUCGAAAACUAUCCGUAGAAUGCAUUAGAGCUAAUCUUUCAUUUCCUUGCCAUUUCUUCGACCAAUACUCAAUAAAAAUGAGUUUGAAUAGCCCUUUUUCAGGAGUACCAGCGAUCCAAACACAAGCCCUUCUCGACAAGGGCGCUCUGUGUUGGGGAAUCGCUCGGCUGUCCAUCGAAUCGCCAAAUUCGGCCAUUUUGUGCAAUGACUUGGAAGUGAGUGACACGAGUACAAACUUGGGAAAGUUCUUUAAAUAGUUGUUUGGUGCUUUUUGAUAGAAUGAAAAUUAUAUACCUCUUCAAGAAAUAUAAGCAUUAAUAUUGCUUACAUUUUUCCGCUCACCCUUUUCAAAAACCUUAUCUUCAGGUCCAAAAGCUAUCCAGCCUUCAACUGGAAGAGCUUCGCAGCAUAAUCGACACCAAGAGACGCGACUGGAUUGAGCUAUCCGAAGAACAGCCUCGACCAUUCUGGCCAUGUCUAUUCGCCAGCGCCGCCAAGGCCGAAAAGAAGAACAAGCGGCCGCAGGUUGAUUAUUUCAUAAAUGUUAAUUUUUUGAAUUUUUUUUUUAGGUAGAAGUCAUCGAGACCAACGACGACGAGGACGAGGAAGAAGUCAUUCAAGAAAUCGUCAAAAAGGCCUUGGAAAAGGAAGAGUUGAAGAGAAAAAACAAGGCCAAAGAUGAAGACGACGACGAGGAUGACGCAAAAACCAGUGCAAAAUUCAAAAAACUCAACUGCAAGUAUCGCAAAUCUUGCUAUGAGACUGGAGACGUCGGCGACAUCGAUUCGCUUGAUUUUUCGUCUCUGACCAGCUGGUUUUCUUCGUCAUCAACUGAGAAGUCGAAGCUGCCUGACUCAGAAGACGCAGAUCAAGACGGCGUUCCUGACGCCGACGAUGAAGACGUCAACCUUGCCGACCGGAAAUUGAUCUGCAAGUAUCGCCCCUCUUGCUACGAGAAGCACAACAUCCCGAAGAGCGAUAAGCUGAAGGAACGCGAGGAGAAGCUUCAGCACGUCUCCGGCAAGGCCCACGUUCCGCAUGGGCAAAAGAGGACACUGAAAGAAAUCGCUGAGAGCACCUUGAAGCGCGUCGAGAAGAACCAAGAAAAAGCCAGCGCUCGUCCUCUUCCUAAUUCAUUCAUCGUCGAAAAGAAGUUCAAGGAGAUCGAGGAGAAACUACGCAAAAAGACCGACUGCAAGUAUCGCAAGAGCUGCUACGAAUCAGGAGUCCUCCCUGACAUAGAAACAUCCAGCUGGGAGUUCAGAAUCCCCUACUUGCACUCGGAAAAAUCCGAUGAAGAUGAAAAGAAAGACGAAGAUGAGAAAGACUUCAAUGAAAUGGAGAACGACGAGAAGAAGCUCCACUGCAAGUACCGCAAGUCCUGCUACGAAUCUGGAGUGAAGCCUGAGAUCGACGCCGACAUCCAGAUUUCCUCUAUCUACGACCUUUAUUCGAUUCCAGAGCAGGUCGAGCCACGCAAGAUGAGUCUCAAGGAGCGCUGCAAGUACAGAAAGUCGUGCUAUGAAACCGGCGUCCUUCCGGACCUUGGCGACUCCGUUGAGUCCAAAAUCCAGGACAUUGUCAGCAAGGAAGUCAACUCAGUUGUGCCGAGCAACAUUCGUGAGCUGAAAACGCUCUGCAAGUACCGAAAAUCUUGCUAUAACGAAGUGGCUCUUUCUGAUUCGACCGACAUCGUGCAGAAAAUCCGCCGUCGUCGCGUUCUGGAGAAGGAAGUCCGUCGACGCCGAUCCAGAAGAUACAAGAAUCGCAGACGUGAGGCUUCACUCGCCGCCGAUGGCUACUACCGAAAGCCGACAAUGAAGGAAAAGCUCGCGGCCAAGAAAGAAAAGAUCGCCAAGGAAGCUGAGAAAGCUGAAAAAGCUGCCAAGAAGGUAGUAGAGCCCGUGCAAGAAACCGUUCCCGAAAAAGUUGUCAAAGCCGCAAAAAAGGCUGUGAAGGCCGGAAAGAAGAUUGUCGAGGAUCCUCAGGAGACAGUUGAAAAAAUUGAAGAAGAAGUAGCAGAAAAGGCCGAGAAAGUGACAAAAAAUGCGGGAAAAGCUACCAAGAAAAUCGUUGAAGACGUGACUCCUGAGAAGAAGGAAGACGAGCCGACAGUUCCCGAAAAAAUUGAGAAAGUCGCUAAGAAAGCUGUGAAAACCGGCAAGAAGAUCGUUGAAGAGACACUUGCUGACGAUGAUGACAAGAAAGAAUCUGAGGAAUCAGUUCCUGAAAAAGUCGCUAAGAAAGCUGUGAAGACCGGCAAGAAGAUCAUUGAAGAGACAGUUUCUGACGAUGAUGACAAGGAAGAAUCUGAGAACUCCGUUCCUGAGAAAGUCGCUAAGAAAGCCGUGAAGACUGGCAAGAAAAUCGUCGAAGAGGUCAAGGAAGAAGAACCAGAAGCUUCCGUUCCAGAAAAAGUAGCAAAAGUGGCUAAAAGGGCGAUGAAAACUGGAAAGAAAGUCGUCGAAGAGCCUGUUCAAGCCCUAAAGGAAGUUCUCGAGUCAGAGUCUGAAGAAAAGAAGAAAGAAGAGGAGCCCGAAGAAGAAGAAGAAGAGAAGCCAAAGGACAAAAAGAGCCACAAGAAGCAAAAAAAAGAAAAGAAGGUCGAUGAACCCGAACCAGAAGAAGACCAGAAGCCUGAAGAGCCAGAGCAACACGAAUCGAAGAAGGAGGAAAAGGCUUCCGAGGAAGAAGUCGAAGACGAGAAGCCUUCCAAAAAAGUGAACAAGCUCAAGAAGGUUGCCGAAGUCGCAGAACCAGUGGUCAAGGCGGUGGUUCACAAAGUCGCCGAUAAAAUAAAGCAAAAGCCUAAAAAAGCUCCAGUGAAAGUUGAGAAGAAGAAAGAGAAGAAGAUCAUCGACGCUGACAAGGAUGGAAUCCCAGAUCAUCUGGACAACAACAUCUCUCCAGCUCUUCGGAAACUCGGAUGUAAAUACCGCAAGUCUUGCUAUCAAACUGGAGAGCUUGCCGAUAUCGAACCUGUUGACGUCGCCGACAUUUGGUCAUCUCCAGCUUCUGCGGGAAUCAUCGACGCCGACAAGGACGGCAUUCCAGAUCAUGAAGAUGAUCACAUCAAACCGUCGCUCCGAAAGCUUGGAUGCAAGUAUAGGAAGUCCUGCUAUGAGACUGGAAAACUCGGCGAUAUCGAUCCUCUCGUCUUUUGGGGCUCACCAGCUCCUUCCACAAAAACUUCUGGGAAAAAGAUUAUCGACAUUGAUCAAGACGGAAUUCCUGACUCUGAGGAUGAAGAUAUCUCUCCAGCUCUUCGAAAGCUCGGCUGCAAGUACAGAAAGUCCUGCUAUGAAACCGGGGAACUCGGUGAUAUCCAACCUGUCGUGGUUUCAAACAUUUGGGCUUCCAAACAACCAAGCGACUUCAUCGACGCCGACAAGGACGGCAUCCCAGAUCACGAGGACGAGCACAUCAAGCCGUCGCUGAGAAAGCUUGGCUGCAAGUACAGAAAGUCUUGCUACGAGACUGGUGAGCUUGGCGACAUCGAGCCGGUGAAAGUGUCCCACAUCUGGAGCUCUUCUCCGUCCUCAAAGUCCGGCAUCAUCGACGCCGAUAAGGAUGGCAUCCCAGAUCACGAGGACGAGCACAUCAAGCCAUCUCUUCGCAAGCUUGGAUGCAAGUAUCGCAAGUCUUGCUAUGAAACCGGCGAGCUUGGCGACAUCAAUCCAGUGGAAGUAUCUCACAUCUGGAGCUCCCCUCCACCUUCCAAGUCGGGAAUAAUCGACGUCGACAAGGACGGCAUUCCAGAUUCUGAAGACGAGCACAUCGCUCCAUCUCUUAGAAAGCUGGGUUGCAAGUACCGCAAGUCCUGCUACGAGACCGGCGAACUUCCAGCCAUCAUUCAUCCCUUCGACUCUCAUCAUCACACUUUGAUGGAAACCAUUCGUGAAGACGAGUCGAAGCACGAAGCGUUGCUCCGUUGCAAGUACAGGAAGUCGUGCUACAAGCAGAUGGGCAUCAAGGAGAAGGAGGAAGACGAGGACAUCGUCGACGUCGAGGACAAACGCAAGCUGCUCAACAAGGCACCUGGAAUCGUCAGCAACAAGGAGCGAGAGGAGCCGCCGCCGCAGCCCAAGAAGCAUCAUCAGAAGCGCGGCGAAAAGGAGAAGAAGCGUCAAGAAUCAGAAGAAGAAGAGGACGACGACGAUGACAAGGAUGACAAGAAGGAGAAGCACGAAUCCAAGCCGGUCGACGUGCCGGACGAUUCGGUUCCGAUUCCGGUCAAUCUUCGCGUCGACGACAAACUCUUCUGCAAGUACAGGAAGUCCUGCUACGCGUCUGUCAAACCACGUGCCACGAGAGAAGAUCAUUCCGGAAACAUUGCAAGGCUCGGUGAGUAUUUAUGCAUUUCGGGCCAGUUAAAAUGGCCUCUUGUAGAGCUUUUCCACGGGAAAAGCAGCAUUUUUACGCAUUUUUUUUCACCACUUUUUUUUUUAACUUUGCAGUUUUAUAAGUACAAGAUUACCGUUGAAUACGUAAGGAAAAGCCCUACAAAAUGAUAUUUUUUUCAACUUCACAUCAAUUUUCCAAUUUUCAGGACCCAAUGGCGAACGUCUCAAGUGCCAUAUUUAUUAUCUAUCUUGCCGCGAGAAGUUUGGCCUUCCCCCCAAGGAGAAGGUAGCUCUUAAGGGUUUUAGGGUUUUAAAACGAGCCGCCAUUUUCUAGAAAAGAUACCUUCCUUGUCUAUCUUGAAAAAAGAUAUAUUUUUUAAAAGAACCCUAAUUUCUUCCUUCCGAGAGCCGGCCACAACCAAUAAUGAUAAUUUGAAACAAAAAUUUCGCGAAAAACUCUUCCAAAAUAAUAUUUUAGGCCGUUUUUCGCUGCACUUUUUUCAAAAUUAAUUAAUGAUUGAUUAAGGCGCCGAUGGGUCCCAACGGAAAACGUCUCUGCCGCAAGAAGAAGCCCGAGUGA